AAGUGUAAUGUACCAGCGCGUUCCAACGGAAGGGAUUCGUGAAACACUCAUUGAAUAGCGUGUGUUCACAUUGCCGCUUGUUCUAGUAAUGUAGCGCAUCCAUACAAGAGGAGAAGCAAAUAACAUAUGUGUUGUCAGAUACGUCCAUACUUAACGCCAUGACGGAUGCGGUGUUCCAGGCACCCAAACGGCGGCCAAGAGUGUUUGAGGCGUACGACGCCCCGUUUCCUGUCCCUCUUGCUGCGGUGGGUGCGAGGCUGCAGCAGACCCUAAUCUACAGAGCAGAUAUGGUCAACCAGCAUGUCGUUGUCAGGGACCCUGAACACAUACAAGCUCUCUACGGCAAGGGUUACUUUGGUAAAGGCAUCUUAUCAAGAAGCAGACCAGACCACAGUAUCUCACACCAAUGGGAAAAGUUUGGUGAGAGAGUUCUACCCGUCAUUUCCCUGUUCAAGUACCAGAAGCAUUUGAGCUGGGCACAGGACGUACUCCUAGCACAAGGAUUGGAAGAGGAGGUUGUCAAUCAGAUACUGCAGAGACUUUGUCAGCCAAUGGAGCCAGGGCUCAGAGAGGAAAAUGGGAAUGAUGACUGCCCAGCCAGCCCUCACAGGAGUGAGGAAACAGGGUCAGGGGCAGGUAACCCCCAAGACCUGGCCUCAGAGCAGGCAGGGACAGUGGGACAGCAGGGCCAGGCAUCAGCCUCCUGGAGCCCAGAGGAUCAGGGGGAGCAGGACAGUCAGUGUCCCCAGGCUAAGAGGCCUAGGAGUCAAGUAGACGGAGGGUUCGACCCACUGUCUGAGCUGUACCCCCAGGAGCCACAGCAGAUAGACCCAGCGGCCCUGUCUACGGUCCGGUGCCCCAGGCAUGAUGACUGGCUGGUUGACUGUGGCUGUCGCCUGGAGGACAGCGUGCUGGAGACCCUCACCCUGCAGAGAGACAGACAGACAGAGGCAGGCCGACAGGGGGCAGACCGUGGGUAUGAGUAUGUACUGGUGAUGGCAGAGGAGAAUACUGUUAAGCAGGGCAGAGCAGGGCCAGGGAUGACAGCGAGGAGAGUGUGUAGAGUCAACCCCUUCAGACUGCUAGAGUACCUUCAACUGACUCUGGAGGAGGCUUUCUUCUUGGUCUAUGCAUUAGGAUGCCUUUCAGUUUACUACAAUGAGGAGCCAUUGUCGGUGCUCCAGCUGUGGGAGAUGUUCCGGUCGGUUCAGCCCCACUUUGAGACGUCAUACAUGGCCUACCAUUACUUCCGCAGCAGGGGGUGGGUGCCCAAGCCUGGGGUGAAGUACGGGACUGACCUCAUGCUUUACCGAAAAGGACCACCUUUCUACCAUGCAAGUUACUCUGUGGUGGUGGAAAAGGUAGACCAGCCGGGUAGGGGAGGGGCUCUCCGUCCGUUCAGCUGGAGGUCUCUGGCUGCUCUCAGCAGGAUUACCGGCAACGUUUCCAAGGACUUGAUGCUGUGCUACGUCAUCUACCCAUCUCACCUGACAGAGGAACAUCUCUCCUCUCCAGACUGUCUCUGCAUGGUCACAGUUCAGGAGAUUAUUUUAAGCAGAUGGAUAUCAUCACGAGAGCGGACAGAGGCGGACGACAUAUGACUUCUUUUUUUUUUUUGUCUGCUGUGUAAAUAUACAGCUCCUUCAGACAGUAUUCACACCCUUUGACUUUUUCCACAUUUUGUUGUUACAGCCUGAACUUAAAAUGGAUAACAUUUCGAUGUUGUGUCCCUGGCCUUAACACAAUGCCCCAUAACGUCAAAGUUAUAUUAUGUAUUUAGAAAUGUAUAUAUAUUUUUAUAAAAAUUUAAACUGAAAUGUCUUGAGUCGGUAAGUAUUUAACCCCUUUCUUAUGGCAAUCCUAAAUCGUUUCAGAAGUACACAUUUUGCUUAACAGGUCACAUAAGUUGCAUGGACUCACUCUGUGUGCAAUCAUAGUGUUUAACAUGAUUUUUGAAUGACUACGUCAUCUCUGUACCCCACAUAUAAUUAUCUGUAAGGUCCCUCAGUGGAGCAGUGAAUUUCAGAUUCAACCACAAAGACGAGGGAGGUUUUUCAAUGCCUCGCAAAGAAGGGCGCUUAUUGGUAGAUGGGUAAUAAAAAAUAAAAUAAAAAACAGACAUUGAAUAUCCCUUUGAGCAUGGUGAAGUUAUACACCCAGUCACUACAAAGAUACAGGCGUCCUUCCUAAGUCAGUUGCCGGAGAAGAAAGAAACCGCUCAGGGAUUUCACCAUGAGGCCAAUGGGGACUUUAAAACUGUUUAAUGGCUGUUUGGGGCAAGUCCAACACAACACAUCACUGAGUACUACUCUUCAUAUGUUCAAGCAUGGUAUGGGCUGCAUCAUGUUAUGGGUAUGCUUGCCAUCGGCAAGGACCAGGGAGUUUUCUAAGGAAAAAAUAAACAAUAGAGCUAAGUACAGGCAACAUCCUAGAGGAAAACCUGGUUCAGUCUGCUUUCUAACAGAUACUGAGAGACAAAUUCACCUUUCAGCAGGACAAUAACCUAAAAAGGACCAAUAUACACUGGAGUUGCUUACCAAGACGACAUUGAAUGUUCUUGAGUGGCCUAGUUACAGUUUUGACUUAAAUCGGCUUGACAAUCUAUGGCAAUGAUCAACAACAAACUUGACACAGCUUGAAGAAUUCUAAGAAGAAUAUUGUGCAAAUAUCGUAACUAUCCAGGUGUGCAAAGCUCUUAGACUUACCCAGAAAGACUCACAGCUGUAAUCGCUCUUAGAGACUUACCCAGGAAGACUCACAGCUGUAAUCGCUCUUAGAGACUUACCCAGGAAGACUCACAGCUGUAAUUGCUGCCAAUGGUGAUUCUAACGUAUUGACUCAGGGAGCUGAAUACUUAAGUAAAUGAGAUUUCAGAAUUUCAUUUUCAAUAAAUUGGCAAAAAUGUCUAAACAUGUUUUCACUUUGUCACUAUGGGGUAUUGUGUGUAGAUGGGUGAGAAAAUAAUGAUUGAAUUCAGGCGAACACAAUAACAAAUGGAAUAAAUCAAGGGGUAUGAAUACUUUCUGAAAGCAUUCCAUCCAUUUCAAUGAUUGGUUUUCAGUGGAAUUUAGUGUUACUUAACAUGUGAAAGUAUCAAUAAGUAUUUGUUUUUGAACAUGCUUUUUAACAUAAUUUUUUCUGUUUGAUUGAAGUGAAAGUAAAAAUCCAGAUUAUGAUUAAUAAUAUGGUAUAAUUUGUCUAGUGGUAGCCUAGUGGUUAGAGUUUUGGACUAGUAACCGGAAGGUUGCAAGUUCAAACCCCCGAGCUGACAAGGUAAAAAUCUCUCGUUCUGCCCCUGAACACGCAGUUAACCCACUGUUCCUAGGCCGUCAUUGAAAAUAAGAAUUUGUUCUUAACUGACUUGCCUAGUUAAAUAAAGGUUUUUUAAAAAUU